UGAAUGAUGAUGUCAGAACAAGGCAGAGGUAGAGGUAGCAGGUGUGCACAGUUUACUCAGUCAAGCUUGCUCUCAAUCUAUCAGGAACUACGAUUGACUCAUGUCCUAAAAUCCCCUGGGUGUUUGGGAUUUCGCCGUAUAAAAUAAGGCCCAAACGAUGGCGAACUUUGGAGGCCAUGCCAUCCCUGGCUCCUUCUUCCUGCUCUAUGGCUUCUGGCUUACAGUGAAACACAUUCUCCAACACUACUGGAGGUCAAAUCAGCCCAAAGGGAAACAGAUUAUGCCACCUUUAUUUAAGAGAAUGGAGUACAUCGAGGGAGGAUUUCAUAUCUUUGCAUCAUUUGUUGGUAUCAUGGUCGAACAGUUUGUGGUGGACGGACCACAUGCUCAUCUUCUCAACUCAGAGAGCCAUGCAUGGGUGAAGCUGAUGAACUGGCAGCACAGCACAAUGUAUCUGUUCUUUGGGAUCGCUGGAAUCGCAAUGGUGGCCAGUGCUGCGUCCAAACUGGUGCCGACUGGUGUUGACCGCCUCGCUAUGUCAGUGGCUCUGUUCGUUGAAGGGUUUCUGUUCUAUUACCACGUGCACAGUCGACCACCACUGGACGCUCACAUUCACUCCCUGCUGCUGGUGGCUGUGUUUGUUGGAUCAGCGAGCACCAUGCUGGAGGUGUUCAUAAGAGACAACAUCAUUUUGGAGCUGCUCAGAGCAUGCAUGUUCAUCCUACAGGGCUCAUGGUUCUACCAGAUUGGCUUUGUACUUUACCCUCUAAGUGGACCACAGUGGAACCUGGAAGAGCACAGCAACAUCAUGUUUGUGACAAUGUGCUUCUGCUGGCAUCUAGCUGUGGCUCUGCUUUUAGUCACCUGCACCUCCUCUCUGGUUUCAUUCAUGGUGAAGCGGUUCUCAGCAAAGGGACGGGACAUCGAGAUUGGAAUGCGAAAUACCUCCUCCAAAUCAAGCUCCCAGAAAGCUUUGCUUGAAGAAUCGGAUGAAGAGUGAAUGCGUCUUUGUAGUUUUGUUUGGAAUUUAACUUAAAUUUAAUUUAAUAUUUUAUGUUGAUGCUCUGUGUCUGAGACUGAGUCUGUUAUUUUGCACAAUGUGUGAUGAUGCUAUAGAUUUGUUUUUUAAUUAAAAAACAAAAUAAGAACGGAAUUUAUCAGAUUGUAAGAUGAAAAAAAGGCUUACAUGUAAGACCUGAUAGCAAGCUAAAUAAAUAGGCCACAUUCACAACAAAUAACACUGUUAAAUAAAUAAGGCUGAUGUCCCCCCUCACUUAUUAUCUGCAGUAUGCCAAACAUUUAAUGAGUGAAGUUAUGAAAUUUGAUCUUGUGGCUAAAUAUAAAUAUAUUCAUGCAACAA